AUGGAUGAUGAAGACGGCCGGUGCCUGCUAGAUGUAAUUUGCGAUCCUCAGGCCCUGAACGAUUUUUUACAUGGAUCCGAAAAGAUUGACAGUGAUGAUCUCCUGGACAACACAGGAGAUGCAGCCAGUGCCUUUUUUGAAGGUGCUGGGCUGCACGUCCAAGAGUCCUCCGGCAACCACCUGAGCACCGAGCAGAGUCAGCCCACCACCAGCGUGGACCUCGACUUUUUAGAAGAUGACAUCCUGGGGUCGCCGUCCAGCGGCGGGGCCAACCUGCAGAACUCGGACCAGCCCUGCGACAUCCUCCAGCAGAGCCUGCAAGAGGCGAACAUCACCGAGCAGACGCUGGAGGCGGAGGCCGAGCUGGACCUGGGCUCCUUCCAGCUUCCCACCCUUCAGCCGGUGGUGCAGACGGCCUCCGACGGCACCCCGCAGAUCUUCUCCGGCGGCGCCGACCUCAUUGGGCUGCAGCAACCCGCCGUCCUCACCCACCAAGCCCUGGUGCAGCAGUCGGUAGGAGCAGAUGUGGUCAACAAGGCCAUCAGCGUUCAACCUUUCCUCCAGCAAGUGGGCUUGGGGAACGUCACCAUCCAGCCCAUCUCCAACCUCCAGGGUUUGCCCAACGGCAGCCCCAGCGGGACGCUGGGAAUCGGGCCGAUUCAGGUGGUGGGGCAGCAAGUGAUGGCCAUCAACCAGUCGGCGCAGCAGAUCAUCGCCAAGCAGGUUCAGCCCUCCCAAGUGGCCACCAUGCCCGUCGGCAGCUACAUCACCCAGACGGCGCCCGAGCAGCAGCAGGUCACCCUCGCCUCCACGGGGGUCUCUCCGCAGAGCGCCGGUCUCGUCAUCCAGAAGAACUUGCCGACGGUGGCCACCACGACGCUGAACGGCAACUCCAUGUUCGGCAGCGUGUCCGGGACUCAAGGCUCCCAACCGCUCACCGUCACCUCCAACUUGAGCAGCCCUUUGGUGCAGGCCCAAAACGUCAUCAUUCACAGGACGCCCACCCCGAUUCAGCCCAAACCCGCUGGCGUCCUCCAGCAGAAACUCUACCAGAUCACCCCCAAACCCUUCGGUUCCAACAACACCACCCUCACCAUCCAGAACGAAGCCGCCCUGCAGCAGCAGAAGGCUCAGCAGAACCUGACCUUCAUGGCCGGCAAACCCGGGCAGAACGUGGUGCUGUCGGGCUUCCCCCAAGGGCUUCCAGCCAACGUCUUCAAGCAGCCGCCGCCGCAGCAGCAAGCCCUCAGCAAGCCCAUGAGCGUCCACUUGCUGAACCAGGGCAGCAGCAUCGUCAUCCCCGCCCAGCACGUCCCGCAGGCCAUGCUGCAGGGCCAGAACCAGUUCCUCCUCCCCGGGCAGUUGGCCGGCGCCUCCGCCGUGCAGAUACCCCAACAGCUCUCGGCCCUGCAGGCCAACAUGGGAGGGCAGAUCCUGACCGCCUCCCACCCCGGCGGGCAAGCCCAUAUCAUAACUAGCCAAGGGCCGGGCGGACAGCUGUUAACCAACCAAGCCUUGCCGGCCCAAAUCCUCACCAACCAGAACAUCGCCGGCCAGCUGAACCUGGGCCAAGUGCUCACCUCGCAGAACGCCCACGGCACCGCUCACAUCCUCUCGGCUCCCAUCCAGCUCCAGCCCGGCCAGGUGGGUCAACCGGCUCUCUUCCAGAUGCCCGUUUCGCUGGCCGGCAGCUUGACCACGCAGAGCCAACCUUCUGUGGCCGCUUCCUUGGGCCAAACGGGUCAGACGGUGAUCCAGGGGGUGACGUUGCCCAACCAGGUGGCCAUGCUCAACGCCACCGAGAACCUGGGCCAGGCGGUGAGCAUCCAAGCCUCCGCCACCACCACCAGCCAAAGCCCCGGCCUCGUCCAGCCCCAGCCCGCCUCUCACCAACCUCCGGCCCCCGUCCCCCCCCGGCCCGCCUCUGGCGCCAGCCUUCUGCCCAGCGCCGACCAGUCCUCCAUCCUCACCGUCCAAACCGCUUCCCAGCCGCCCGCGCCGCUCCAACUCAACGUCCCGCCGCCGCCGCCGCCCGCCCAGCAGCCGGUGACUUCCCAACCCAGCCCCAGUUUGGCCUCCAGCCCGGAGAAGAUCAUCCUGGGGCAGGCGGCCGCCGGAGCCGUCAUCAACCAGGACUCCAUGCAGAUGUUCCUCCAGCAGGUAAGCAGAGCCCCGCUGGGUGGUGGCCACCGUGUUGGUGGCCCGUUGGGCGUUCGGUGGCCGAUGCCGAGCGUGUCGAGUGCCAUCACCUCGCUUUUGGAAGGAGGAGCGGGUGACGGCUCUGGUAGGGGCACCAAAGCCACCACCGCGGUGCAGCGGGGGCGGGUGGGCAGCGACUCGUUGCGAGAGUCCUCUCUGCGACGCGGUGGGCACCGCCCACCCCCGUACCAGCGCGAGGAGGUCGAGUUACCUGCAGGGCAGCAGAAGCUCCCUGGAGCCUCCCCGUCCCCUUCGCUACCUCAUCCUCCCCUGGGGGAGAGCCCGCAGCUCCCGGCCGCCCACCUCUCCCAAAUGCAAAACUGCCCCGCCGCCCCCGCCGCCGCCGGCUUCCCAACCCAGGCUCAGAUCAAACCCCCAACUCCCACCCACGCUCUCCACCUAACCCCGGAGCAGCAGAGGAACUUUCCGAUGGUCCCCAACCAAUUCCAAACCCUCCCGGCCAUCCCCAACCCCGCUCCUCAGCAGAAGCAAAUACUGGACAGGUUCCAGCAGGUGCCCCAGGGGAUCAUCCUGCAAACCAAGCAGCAGCCUGCCACCAGCCAGGCUUCCCCCGCGCUCACCCAGUUCAGCAGCCCGUCCUCCUCCGUCCUGGUGAGCGGCCAGGGACAGCCGGUGACGGUGACCACCACGCCGGCCCCCGCGCACAGCCACGCGCCCGCCGCCCUCCCGCCUUCCACCGCAGGUAUUACCGCCCCGGUUCCUGCGGAGAGUAAAACCUUCUCCGGCGUUUCCACGCCGAUUUCGGCCGGGAAAGGGGCUGCAGCCCAGGGGAAGUCGGGAACGCCUCUGGCCGUACAGCAGCCGGUUCAGACGAAGCCCGGCGUGAUCAGUUCCGUCUCGGGCCUGAACCUGGCCAAGGGUCCCCUGCAGAUCCAGGUGGUGGGGAAAGGAUUACCGCAGCUCGUGCCCUCGGGCCCCGUGCAAGGCCAGCCGCUGUACGACAGCAAACUGGCUCUGAAGAAAGCCCCGACGCUACAACCCAGCAAGGAAGCUUGUUUCCUGGAGCAGCUGCACAAGCACCAGGGCGCGGUGCUGCAUCCCGACUACAAGACGUCGUUCCGUUCCUUCGACGACGCUUUGCAGCGCCUCCUGCCCUACCACGUCUACCAGGGGAUGCUGCCCUCCGCCCAGGACUACCGCAAGGUGGACGAGGAGUUCGAGGUGGUGUCGACGCAGCGGCUGAAACGCUUCUCCUGUCUCCUCUUCCUCCUCCUCUUCCUCCUCCUUUCCUCCUCCUCCUCCUCCUUCCCUCCUCUUCCUCCUCCUCAGAGAGUCAGCCCUUCGGCGGAGAUGGUGAUGAUCGACCGCAUGUUCAUACAGGAAGAGAAGACCAUGUUGGCCCUCGACAAGCAGUUGGCGAAGGAGAAACCAGGUGGGAGACGCCAUCCUCCUCCUCCUCCUCCUCCUCCUCCUCGGUGGCCCGCCUCCGUCCCCAGCGCGACGCCGGCCCCGGAGAGCCUGAAGGUGCCCCCGGCGCAGCCGGCGCCCCCCCUCCCCCCCACCGGGCAGAUGAACGGCACCGUGGACCACCUCGCCUCGCCUCCCGCCGAGAAGAAACCCGUGGUCACCUACUGCCGCCUGCCCCUUCGCAAGACCUACCGGGAGAACGUGGAGGCUUUGGUGGCCGAGAAACCCGCCGAGCCCUGCCCCAAGGGGAGCGCCCCCAAAGGCGAGAAGCUCCUCAAGCAGGAGGACGGCUCCAGGAGCGUCAUCACCUCCCACAAGAGCCAGGAGAGCCCUUCGGCGGGCGCCGGCGCCGAGAAGAACCGCUCGGAGGAGAGCUCCAAACUCCUCUUCUUCACCAGGAGCGAGUCCCGCUCGCUGGUCCUGCAGGACAGCCCGGCCGCCCCGAAACCCGACGACUCCACCAGUGGCCUUAUGAAGGAGCUUGCGGAAGUGGAGGACGAAUUUUACCGCGGGAUGAUCAAACCGGAACCCCCGGACCAAAGUUCGGGUUCGGAACUCACCUGGGAGGUGCCUCUUCCCCCGGCCAAACGUCGGAAAUCGGAAUCCUUCGAGGUGGACAACGCCAGUUUCUCCAGCGACAGUCCCCAGGACGACUCCCUCAACGAGCACCUCCAGAGCGCCAUCGACAGCAUCCUCAACCUCCAACAACCUCCGAGCGGCGCUCAGAACGUCCGGACGCCUUCAUCCUCCUACAACUCCUCUUCCUCCCCUUUCUCCUCUCCUCUCCACCGCCCGGACGCCUACCUUGCCCCCAGUCACAACGGCGGCCUUGGAGCGAGGACGUUGAACAGAUAA